AUGGGCGAUGAAGCCCUCGACCAGGCGCGGGCGUGGCUCAGUGCUGGCGGCGAGGCCCACGGGACGGGCCCAGGGAGAAUGAUGGGCGAGAAGAUGCUGGAGCUGGAGGCGGCAAAGACGGAGCACAAGCAGUCCAUGGAGCAGAAGGAGACCGAGCUGUUGGAGGCAAUGCGGAUCAAGGCCCAGCUGGUGGCCCAGAACGCGGAGCUCCUGAUGCAGCUUAGCCAGCAGGACCAGGAAACGCACGUCCUUGGGGAGAUGCUGGACGACUCCAAGCAGCGGAUCAAGCAGAUGGAGACCGAGACGCGUGACCUCGCCAACGUGAUCGAUGAGCAGGGCAAGCAGAUAGAGGAGCUCGAGGAGGCCUGGGGCAACUUGCACAUGCUCGCCCCGCUCGUGGAGGCCCCUGCCUUCCCCGCUCUGGACAUCUUGCAGAAGAAGGACGAGAUCGACGGCGGGGAGGGCCAGUCGCGCAACGUCGAGCAGCAGAACGACGGCGACGCCCAGUGGACCGAGGGCCACGCGCGGAGCUUCGCGGAGGGCCAGGGCAGGAAGCUCUACUUAGAGGAGGCAGAGGUGAGCAUCGAGGACGGCCAGGUGCGCACCGUGGACGCGUACUUGCAGGUGGCCCUCGGCAACCAGCAGAGCAUCGCGGAGAACCAGGGCCGCCCCCUGCGCGCCUACGAGACGAAGCAAAGCGACGGCGACGCGCAGACGGCGCGCGACAAGACAAAGUGGCAGCCCAAGACGGAUGGGGCUCAGCGCGAGUUCGCAGGGCAGCAGCAGUGGAAUACCUACGCCUGGCCCGAGGAGGAGCAGAAGGCGGAGGGCUCGAAGCGCAAGCAUUGGCCCAGUAGGGGCAAGCCAGAGUGGCUCCUGCGCAAGGACGCUGAGAAGGCGCAGGCCGCGAACGCGAUGGAGAUCCCGCGGAGCAGCG